UAACCUUCUAAUCCAUCGAAUCCAGCCCGGCUACAGGCCGCCUGCUUCAGCGGAUCUGGUUGCGUUAUUUUCCAGAUCGUCUCAAACACUACAUCCUUCGCUCGUUUCGAUGGUGCUAUUGUUACUAGACUACUUCAGCGUAACGGAUUGGUCUGCACAGGCUACGAGACAGCAAGCCGAGCAGGAGUGGAAGAUGUUCGAUGCAGUCUAUACUGAGGGCAACAAGGUCUGGCAAGGGAGUCCAGAGAGCGGGUGGCUAGGUCGGGCUAUGCGAAAGAUGGCAGAGAACUUGUUGCACCUGGCUUUCCGGUCAGCAACGCUGUCAAGAGAUAAGCGAUUUACAGCUCCGUCCAUCUCUGUCGACCGGGUUCGGAGGACCUUCCAGAUCGCAACUGUCUCCGAAUGUUCUUCACUGGAAGAUCCUACGCCGAAGAGGGGUGACAUGACAUUUGCUCUGGGCAAUAUCUGUUGGAAAGUCUAUGACCAGCUACAAACAUACCGUCUGUUGGAUACCAUCUCCCAGAUGUAUUCGACUAUUCGACCUUCACCUCAAGCAAGACUCGAUGCACCUUGUACAUCACGAGCAGAAGUCGUGGGCUAUUGGUUCUGGUGUGGAAAGCUGAGACUCGCCAAGGGAGAUUUGCGAGAGGCUCGAGAUUGCCUGAAGACAGCCUUCGACAUGUGUCCUGUCAGCGCCGCCAAGAAUCUGAAAGCCAUCUUCAUCCGGCUCUUGACGUGCCAAAUCUUGCUUGGAUACUUUCCAGCACCGAUACUACUCAACCACUUCAACCUGCACGCUCAGUUUGGGCCUUUACUUCAAGCGAUUAAGUGGGGAGAUCGAGCGCAAUACUACCAGCAUUUCAACAAGUGGAGCGAGUGGUUUAGACAACGAGGACUAUGGCUGGUACUGCGAGAAAAGGGCGAAGUUUUGGUCUGGCGGAGUCUCUUUCGCAAUGCCUAUCGGAUACACCGUGAAAGUCACCCAGAGGAUCCGACAGCACGCAGCAAAUCGUGUCCUACCUCUGUCUUCCUGGCUGCGAUGCGGCUGUCAUUUCGGCAAUGCGGAGAGACGAACGUGGACAUCACGGACGUUAUCAGUAUCUUGGCGAGUCUGAUCGACCAGUCGUACAUCAAGGGACACUUGGGAUACAUGCAGACGAUGCUGGUAAUGCGGAACGCCCCAGACAUGCCCGUCGAAUCGGCGUUUCCCCGUGUGAGCGGGGUCCGGCCUCGGAGAGUGACGGCGGUAGGAUGAGGAGUCGGGGGCUUGAUGCAGGACCUUGAUGAUGUAGUACGAUUUAAUGACCUUGACGAGAGAUGCUCACGGCCCCGCGUGUACUGCGGUCUUGU